UAAAAGUCAACUGAAAAGCCGGCCACCCCCAGAUCGGAAAAGAACACAGAGGGGGAGAGAGAGUUAUGACUCGAAUCGGAUUCACAAUCACAGGGCGAAGAAGAAGAUCUCUGCAGCUCAGCUUCCUCUUCUGCUGCUUCUCUCUAUGUCUCCUUUCAGGCCUAGCGGAUGACCCGUCAUCAAGUUCGAAGAAUACAGCCAAUGCUGCAACGGAUAAAUCUUCCGGUGCCUCCGCCGGGCUCAAGGUGCUCAUUGUGUUUAUGGGUUUAGUGGCUGUCGUGGCAUUCUUGGUAUUCCUGUUCAGAUUGUGGCAGAAGAAGAAGAGACAAGAGCAGCAAGCGAGGUUCCUCAAGCUCUUCGAAGAUGACGAUGAGCUCGAAGUUGAACUUGGCAUCCGGGAUUGAAUUAACAAGUUCUUGCAGUGUCGAGGCACUAUUCGUUUGAAGCAGUGUUAAAGGUCAGUUUCUUUCCCUCAUACAAACAGCCCAAUAUGCUCCCCCACGGGAUGACUAGAGAAUUGGUAGCUAUACAUGGCAUAGCCUUUUUCAUCUGUCAUGAACUUUCCUGUAGAUAUUAUAGCAGUUGGCCCAAUUGGUGGACUUAGUAGAUGGAAUUCUUAGUAUUUCAAGGAAAUUUUUGGCUCUCCGUUUGUUCUUGGUACCUUUUCCAUUUCAAAUGCCACCCAAAAUUGCCGAUCUUUUUUAUAUGUUGGAUUGUUCAUGCUC